AUGACCAUCAUUCUCGAGUACGCAAUGACGUGGGAAGACGAGAGGUUGAUUUGGGAUCCCAACGAAUUCAACGGAAUUGAUCAUAUAUAUGUUCUGAGAAAAAACGUGUGGAUUCCUGGAAUCACCUUAAUCAGUAUGGAGACGCUGGAAACACAACCUGAGUACAAGCAACAUGUUUACAUCAGCAACCAAGGGAAAGCGACCUUCUACGACUCAUUGGUCACAUCUGUCGGAUGCGCACUUGAUGUGACCGACUUUCCUUUCGACUACCAAAACUGCAGUGUGAGCCUUGUAGCGCGUACGUUCAACAGUCACGAAAUCAUGUUUCGAAAUGUCAUUUCUGAGAACCUGGAUAUAAGCAUGGUGGGGAAUGAUGAGUGGGAGAUUACCAACAUCCUAACUUGCACAUACCUUUACAACUCUACCGAAGACCAUUCCGUGGUGACAGAUAACUUCGUUUUUUACAUGAAAAGAAAUGCAACCUACUACAUAAUGCUUAUUGUGCUUCCUUCAUUCAUGCUGACACUUUUAUGCGUAGCAGGUCUCUUUUCCUCAUCUUUAUUAGUGGACGAAUUGAAAAAGGUUACCAUAGGCCUUUCCACAAUGGUAUCGACUGCCGUCACGAUCAGUGUCGUUGCUGACAACAUCCCCAAAACGAAACAUUUUCCGAAACUCGGGUUUUACGUCUUCAAUAAUCUUGUCAUUGUAUGCGUAGCAACUCUUCUCGUCACUGUGCUACCAAAAAUCAUCAGAUUCCUUUACUGGACUUGCAGAUGUUGUCAGCUCAAAUGCGUGCGCGGGCGCAAAGAUAUCUCAUUUGCCCUGAAUGUAAUGCUUCUGGUGAUCUUCGAGGGAUGCGUUCUGAGCCGAUUUAUGUUUGUUCUGUCAAAAGCCAUGUCCCAAUCGACGGAUAUGCAAAACGCCGGACUUCAAUGCUGA